CAGCUAGCCAACCAGUCAGCUUGCCUGCCUGCCUGCCUGCUUGCUUGUCUGUCUGCCUGCCCAUUAGCCAUCCAGCAAAUUCGUCCUAGUCGAGCGCCGGUUAGAUAGAAGUGGCGCAGCAGUGUGUCGUGUUUGUCGUGUACAUAUCGUGUAACCUAAUUGUGCAGUGUCACUCCAAGAGAUAAGGCGCGAGUCCUAGCCGAGGUUAGAUCGCUUCAGGUUUUCAUUGGUAUUGUUGCGAUCGCGUCUCAAAACGGACAACAUGGCUAAUCGGGGUACGGCCCAAAGGCCAAAUGGCCAAACACAAGGUAAAAUUUGUCAAUUCAAACUGGUACUGCUUGGUGAAUCUGCUGUAGGAAAAUCCAGUCUUGUCUUGAGGUUUGUCAAGGGCCAAUUCCAUGAAUACCAGGAGAGCACGAUAGGAGCUGCAUUUCUCACACAGACUGUGUGUUUGGACGACACAACCGUGAAGUUCGAGAUCUGGGACACUGCAGGCCAGGAACGGUAUCACAGUCUCGCACCAAUGUAUUACCGUGGUGCACAGGCAGCAAUAGUCGUAUACGACAUAACAAAUCAGGACACAUUCGUACGUGCAACAACGUGGGUAAAGGAGUUACAACGACAAGCCAGUCCAAACAUAGUAAUAGCCCUGGCAGGUAACAAGGCAGAUCUUGCCAAUAAACGUGUAGUCGAAUGCGACGAAGCUCAGGCUUACGCGGAUGAGAAUGGACUUCUUUUUAUGGAAACUUCAGCAAAAACAGCUAUGAAUGUGAACGAUAUAUUUUUAGCGAUUGCUAAGAAACUUCCAAAGAAUGAACAAGCAGGGAACGGAGGCUCGAGUGGGCAAGGUCGUCGACUAGCCGAAGCAGAAGGACAGAAAGCGACUGCUGGCAAUUGCUGCAAGUGAUUAUUUGAAUCUAUUUGUACCAUAAUGAACAGAAGUAAAGAAAUACACAUACCGUGAACGUCUGCAUCGCGUGGAAUCUACAUACAAGACGGGAAGAGAGGUGGGGAUGUGGGGUUGCGGGUUGUGAGGUGAAAAAGCAGGACAAGCAAAAGAAAAACAAAACAACCAUAAGGCCAAUGGGGGUGGAAGAGCUGUGAAGUCUAUAUUAUUGUACGUCAGAAUUUAUGAAAACUUUAUUCACCCGAUCGAUCGACCAUAGGAGAGUCAGAAGUGAGGAGAUAAAACACCAAGAGCUGGGAUAAAUAAGAAGAGGGUCAGGUCAGUACACCCCUAAGUCUGACUGAAUCUGACCGAUCUGCCAUUCAAUCCAAUUGUUAUUGCAAUAUGAUAUCCUUUCUCAUUGUGGUUGUCAUAAUUAAUAAGUUUGCAUUUAUUUAUUUCCAUUGCAAAUCAGGAUGUACUGACCUGCUGGCUAUCAAUGGAUAUAAAAAAAUAUAAAGUAGUGAGUAUGACAGCUAAAAUGAAAAAGAAUAUGUAUAUUAUUGCAUUAUCAAACGUUUGGAAUGUCGAGUCGAUUAUACUCGGUCAGAGUUGGCAAAAGCGAUAAAGAGAAAAAAAAGAAAAAAAAAGAAAUCAUGAGGAACUCCCAUUUUUAAUUCUAGUAGUAAGCGGGCGGUGUUCGUUAUAAAUAUAUAAAUACAUAUAUAAAUACAAUUAUAUUAUAAAUCAUAUAGGUGAUACGAUUUGUGUAAUAAGUAAUAAGAACGAUAAUAAGAAAUAACAAAAACAAAACACGAGGAUGAAAAUGAGGAGGGAGUAUGGGAGACGGAAAAAAAAGAACAACAAUAAUGAUACAUUUAAAAUAUACAUAUAUGGUAACGACGACACAAAAACAACAACAAAAGUAACAUCGAUGAUUUUUGGCACACGAAAUCUUGUAAGAUACAGUAGACGCCAUUUCUGCUGCUAUGAUUAUCAUAUAUACAUAUUUUCUUCGUUAGAUUGUAUCGUAUCGUGUAUAACACACUUAUUACUUUAAGAUAUAUUGUAUAUUAAUUUUAUUGAUAAAUCAUGAUAAAUUAUGAAUGAUUAUACAAGGAGAUGAAUAAAACUUGUGAAUAUUA